AUGGCUUCUUCGGAAGCCGAAUCCCGUCUCAUCAACAACAUCCUAGUCCCGGCGCUAGAAAAAAUCAUCAAAAACGGUUCAUGGCGCAAACACUACAAGCUUAUUCGUCAGUCUAAAUCGGUACUUAAUCGCAUUACCUCAUCGGAAAACCGACCUCCCGUGUCUCCUAUCUCCCCGCCGACCCCUUCCACCCCUUCCUCUGAGGAGAAUCAAUCAGGCGUCGACUUGCCAUCACAAUCAUCGUCUCCCGGCGUCCUGCAUGAUUCCGGAACGAAUGAACUAACCCUAGCGGAAUCGGAAUUCAUAUUAUCCCCCAUUAUUAAUGCCUGCGGUUCGGAAACUCUUAAGAUCGCAGAGCCAGCGCUGGAUUGUAUACAGAAACUGAUAGCUCAUGGUUGCUUACGUGGCGAAGCGGAUUCCACCGGUGGACCGGAUGCGAAGUUGUUAGCGAAAUUGAUCGACUCGGUUUGUAGGUGUCGUGAAUUAGGUGAUGAAGGAGUAGAAUUGUUGGUUUUGAAGACGAUUUUAUCUGCGGUGACGUCGACGUCGAUGAGGAUACAUGGUGAUAGUUUGUUGCAGAUCGUGAGAACCUGUUAUGAUAUUUUUUUGGAAAGUAAGAAUGUGGUUAAUCAGACGACGGCCAAGGCAUCAUUGAUACAGAUGCUUGUGAUUGUGUUUAGGAGGAUGGAGGCAGAUUCAUCAACGGAGCCGAUGCAUCCAAUCGUAGUGGCAGAACUGAUGGAACCGACAGAGAAGGAAGAAGAUGGUGACGGGACGAUGACAAUGUUUGUUCAAGGGUUUAUCAGUAAGAUUAUGCAGGGAGUGGAUGGGGUUAUGAAUCCCGGCUCACCCGUAGCAUCCAAUGUGGGUGUUGGUGGGGUGCAUGAUGGGGCAUUUGAAACGAAAAUGUCGACUAUGGAGUCAACAAAUCCAGCUGAUAUAUUGGAUUCUACAGAUAAGGAUAUGUUGGAUGCUAAGUAUUGGGAGAUUAGUAUGUACAAGACUGCAUUGGAGGGAAGGAAAGGAGAAUUGGUAGACGGGGAGGGAGAGAGAGACGAUGACAUAGAGGUUCAAAUCGGGAAUAAACUUAGAAGGGAUGCUUUUUUGGUGUUUCGAGCUCUUUGUAAGCUAUCAAUGAAAACCCCUCCAAAAGAUGCGUUGUCAGAUCCACAGUUAAUGCGAGGGAAGAUUAUUGCCUUGGAGUUGCUCAAGAUAUUAUUGGAGAACGCAGGAUCUGUAUUUAGAACUAGUAAAAGAUUUUUGGGUGCCAUUGAACAGUAUUUAUGCCUGUCGCUAUUGAAGAACAGUGCAUCAACCCUUGUGAUUGUUUUUCAGCUCUCUUGCUCAAUUCUCAUUAGCCUUGUGUCAAGAUUUAGAGCUGGAUUGAAGGCAGAGAUUGGUGUCUUUUUUCCUAUGAUUGUUCUCAGAGUUCUAGAGAAUGUUGCUCAACCUAAUUUUCAUCAGAAAAUGAUUGUACUGCGGUUUCUCGAAAGGCUCUGUGUUGAUUCACAGAUCUUGGUAGAUAUAUUCAUUAACUACGAUUGCGAUGUCAAUUCAUCUAACAUAUUCGAGAGAAUGGUCAAUGGACUUCUGAAAACUACUCAAGGUGUUCCACCUGGUGUUGCUACUACACUCACACUUUCUCAGGAGGCAACCAUGAAACUUGAGGCUAUGAAGUGCUUAGUGGCUAUUUUAAAGUCAAUGGGAGAUUGGAUGGACAAACAAUUGCGCAUUCCUGAUCCUCAUUCUGCAAAGAUAUCUGAUGUGGUUGAAUACAGUUCUGAAAUGAAAAAUCUGCCCAUGGAAAAUGGGGUUGCUACUGAACAUGAGCUUGCUGAUGGAUCAGAUAUUCAUUCUGAAGCCUCCAGUGAAGCUUCAGAUGCUUUAACAAUUGAGCAGCGCCGUGCUUACAAGCUUGAACUUCAGGAAGGUAUAGCACUUUUUAAUCGGAAACCUAAAAAGGGCAUUGAAUUCUUGAUCAAUGUGAAUAAAGUGGGCAGUUCACCUGAAGAAAUAGCAGAUUUCUUAAAAAAUGCUUCUGGUUUGAACAAAACUUUGAUUGGUGAUUAUCUGGGGGAAAGGGAAGAUUCGUCGCUGAAAGUAAUGCAUGCAUAUGUGGAUUCCUUUGAUUUUCAAGGUAUGGAUUUUGAUGAGGCUAUCAGGACCUUUCUACGGGGCUUUAGGUUGCCUGGUGAGGCACAGAAGAUUGAUCGAAUUAUGGAAAAGUUUGCUGAACGUUAUUGCAAAUGCAAUCCAAAGGCAUUCAUAAGUGCUGAUACAGCCUAUGUUCUUGCCUACUCUGUUAUAAUGCUAAAUACUGAUGCUCACAACCCUAUGGUGAAGAAUAAGAUGUCAGCUGAUGAUUUUAUAAGAAACAAUCGUGGCAUAGAUGAUGGAAAAGAUUUACCAGAGGAGUACCUGAGAUCAUUGUUUGAACGAAUAUCAAGAAAUGAGAUUAAAAUGAAAGAAGAUGAUUUGGCCCUUCAUCAAAGGCAUUCUGUUAAUUCGACCAAGAUCUUAAACCUGGACAGUAUAUUGAAUAUUGUGGUGCAGAAGAGAGGUGAAGAAAAGCAUACCAGCGAAGAUCUUAUGCGACACAUGCAAGAACAAUUUCAAGAGAAAGCACGUAAAUCCCAGUCAGUUUAUUGUGCUGCUACCGAUGUGUUUAUACUUAGAUUCAUGAUUGAGGCAUGCUGGGCUCCUAUGCUUGCCGCCUUUAGUGUUCCUCUCGAUCAAAGCCACGACAUGAUCGUUAUUGCGCAAUGUUUGGAAGGCUUCCGUCAUGCAAUUCAUGUUACAGCAGUGAUGUCCAUGAAGACUCAUCGAGAUGCUUUUGUGACUUCGCUAGCAAAGUUUACUUCCCUUCAUUCACCAGCCGAUAUAAAACAGAGAAACAUUGAUGCGAUUAAGGUGAUGGUUACAAUCGCUGAUGAAGAUGGGAAUUACUUGCAGGAGGCAUGGGAGCAUAUUCUAACGUGUGUCUCUCGGUUUGAGCAUUUGCAUCUAUUAAGGGAGGGAGCUCCUCCAGAUGCUACUUUCUUUGCUCGUAAUCAGAACGAAUCUGGUAAAUCGAAACAGGCGAAAUCAAAUGUUCUUCCGGUUCUUAAGAGAAAAGGGGAUGGCCGAAUUCAGCAGGCAGCUGCAGCAAUGAGAAGAGGUUCAUAUGAUAGUUCUAACAUUGGUGGCAGUGCUUCUGCUGGGAUUACAUCAGAACAAGCGUAUAAUUUGGUGUCUAACUUGAAUAUGUUGGAACAAGUUGGUGAAAUGAAUCGUAUAUUCGCAAGGAGUCAGAAUCUUAACAGUGAGGCGAUAGUUGACUUUGUGAAAGCACUUUGCAAAGUCUCUAUGGGGGAGUUACGAUCUACAUCUGACCCACGAGUUUUCAGUCUAACAAAAAUAGUUGAAAUUGCGCACUAUAACAUGGACCGUAUCCGGCUUGUUUGGACAAGCAUCUGGAACGUACUCUCUGACUUCUUUGUGACCAUAGGCUGUUCUGAGAACCUGUCAAUUGCGAUAUUUGCAAUGGAUUCCUUAAGACAACUGUCUAUGAAGUUUUUGGAGAGGGAAGAGUUGGCUAACUAUAACUUCCAGAAUGACUUCAUGAAACCUUUUGUGAUUGCCAUGCGCAAAACUAGUGCUGUGGAGAUCAGAGAAUUAAUAAUCAGAUGUGUCUCUCAUAUGGUUUUAUCGCGUGUCAAUAAUGUCAAGUCAGGAUGGAAAAGCAUGUUCAUGGUCUUCACAACAGCAGCUUAUGACAACCACAAAAAUAUUGUACUUCUUGCCUUCGAAAUAAUUGAGAAGAUAGUGCGAGAUUAUUUCCCAUAUAUAACUGAGACAGAAACCACCGCUUUUACUGAUUGUGUAAAUUGUCUGAUUGCAUUCACCAAUAGUAGAUCCAACAAAGAUAUUAGUCUCGGUGCUAUUGGAUUCUUGGGUUUAUGCGCUGCAAAACUAGCAGAAGGAGAUAUAGGUUCUUCAAGGAAUAAAGAGAAAGAGGGUUCUGAAAUUUUGCGGUCUCCACAUCGAGGAAACGACAGGAAAUAUGAGAACAAAGAGUUGGCAAAUAAGGAACACCAUCUGUGCUUCUGGUUUCCGUUAUUAACUGGGCUGUCUGAUCUUAGCUUUGACCCAAGGCCUGAAAUUAGGAAGAGUGCUCUUCAAGUACUUUUUGAUACAUUAAGGAACCAUGGUCAUCACUUCUCUCUGUCGUUGUGGGAAGGAGUUUUUGAUACCGUCUUAUUUCCAAUCUUUGAUCAUGUUCGACAAGCUAUUGAUCCUUCGGGUGAUAAUUCGUCCAACUGGGAGGUUGAUGGUGAUGAUGAACUUGAUCAAGACUCUUGGCUCUAUGAGACGUGCACACUUUCACUCCAGUUGGUAGUGGAUAUAUUUGUUAAUUUCUAUGGUACUGUUAAUCCGCUUUUGAAGAAGGUGCUGACAUUACUAGUAGAUUUCAUUAAGCGUCCUCAUCAAAGCCUUGCUGGUAUUGGUGUUGCUGCAUUUGUUCGUUUGAUGAGCAAUGCUGGAGGGAUGUUUUCUGAUGAUAAGUGGCUGGAAGUGGUUUUAUCUCUGAAGGAAGCUGCUAAUGCAACACUUCCUGAUUUCUCAUUUAUCCUUUAUAAAGAUGUUAGUUCUAUGAACCAUGAAGAUUUUUCAACACCAAGAAGUAAUGUGGAAUCUGCCGAGUCUGAUAUGCAGCAGGAAGAUUCAGAGAAGCAGCAGAGGGUCUGUUUAUAUGCUGCCAUUUCUGACAUCAAAUGUCGCACUGCUGUUCAACUUUUAUUGAUACAGGCAAUUUCCGAGAUCCACAACUUGUAUAGACCUCAUUUAUCAGUAAAGAACACCAUUGUUCUUUUUGAUGCAGUGCGUGGGGUGGCAGAUCAUGCCCACAAGAUAAAUACUGAUGUCGCAUUACGCUCUAAGCUACAAGAGCUCGGACCCAUGACGCAAAUGCAGGAUCCUCCAUUAUUGCGCCUUGAAACCGAGUCCUAUCAAAUCUGCCUCACACUUGUACAGAAUCUUGCUGACAAUCGGCCUCCAUUUGAUGAGGAAUCAGAAGUCGAAUUUUACCUUAUUGACCUUUGUCAUCAAGUGUUGAAAUUCUAUGUUGAAAUCGCACGCCCUCCACAUAUGACUCAAUUGUCUCCCAACGGACACCCCCAUUGGUUGAUACCUUUAGGCUCGGGGAAAAAGAGAGAAUUGGCGGCUCGUGGCCCCCUUAUUGUCACUACUCUACAGGCUAUAUGUAGUUUGGGAGAUUCUUCAUUUGGGAAGAAUCUCGCUCGCUUUUUACCUCUGCUUUCAAGCUUGAUAAGAUGUGAGCAUGGGUCCAAUGAGGUCCAGGUAGCCCUUAGUGCAAUGCUUAGUUCUUCAGUUGGUCCUGUUCUGCUUCAGUUAUGUUGAAAUGGUAUCUUUUUAUUACUAGC